AUGGUGAGAGUCUGGCUCCCUGCCCUGCUAACUGUGUUGCUGUCCUUAGCCCUGGAAACUGCUGGACAAGGUCAGGGUGACAGAAACGGAGACAGGAUUAUAGAUGGCUACCCAUGCGAGAAGGGCUCCCAUCCAUGGCAGGUGGCCCUGCUCAGAGGCGACCAGCUUCACUGUGGAGGAGUGCUGGUCAGCGAACAAUGGGUGCUCACAGCAGCCCACUGCAAAAUGGGUCAGUACACUGUGCAUCUGGGCAGUGAUAAGUUAGGGGACGAGAGUGCCCAGAAGAUUAAGGCUACGAAGUCAUUCCGACACCCUGGCUACUCCACAAGAACCCAUGCCAAUGACAUCAUGCUUGUGAGAAUGGACAAGCCAGUCAAGAUGUCGCCCAAAGUGCAGAAAGUCAACCUUCCUACGAAAUGUGAGCCCCCAGGGACCUCCUGCACUGUCUCUGGAUGGGGUACCACGACCAGCCCAGAUGUGACCUUUCCCACGGAUCUGAUGUGCUCGGAUGUGAAGCUCAUCUCCUCCAAGGAGUGCAAGAAGGUGUACAAGGACCUGCUGGGGAAGACCAUGCUCUGUGCCGGCAUUCCCGACUCCAAGACCAACACAUGCAAUGGUGACUCAGGGGGACCCUUGGUCUGCAAUGACACUCUUCAAGGUCUAGUGUCCUGGGGAACAUACCCUUGCGGCCAGCCCAAUGACCCAGGUGUCUACACUGAAGUCUGCAAGUACAGCCGGUGGUUGGAACAGACCAUGAGAACCUAUCGCUAA